AUGUCGCCGCAACCGGCAGCAAGUGCAAGCGAGCAGAAAAUGAGCGAAACUUUCCUCGGGUUUGAACUUUUGCUGUUUCGAAGGUUUCAGCAACAGCCGGCGUUGUGGUAUGAAUGGCGAGAGCGGUUCAGAAAAAGGGCAGACCCUGGAGCCGCUGAAGACUUGGAAGCUGUUUGUGUGGAUUCGACACUGCAAACACUUGAAUCUCUAGAAGAGCUGGAUGUUGGGGACAUCCAUCAGGAUCUGUGGUUUUUGUCUGUCAUGGUACAUCGUAGACCAAAGCAUUUCCUGGAGUUUGUCAAAGAAGAGAUUGAAAGGGAACGACUAAAGAGAUUUCCCAAAUAUGGCGAAACCCUCAUGAUGAGAUACAUGAAUCUUCACCAUUUUACAGUACUUAGCCUGGACAGUAUGUUCAAGUUUGGAGAUGACAAUCAGUUACCCAGAGAAAUUUUCAGAUGUCCAAAUGUGAAGUACCUGAGCUUAAAGUACAACAGUCUGGAGUAUAUUCCCUGUGAUAUUGGCCGUAUGUGUAGUCUAGAGUACCUGGCACUCACCAACAACAAGCUGUCUGUGUGGUCUCUUCCUUUCUCAUUAACAUUCUUGAAGCGGUUGCAUACUCUGUACUUAGAUAAUAACUUGCUGGAUGCUCUUCCUGGGUUCCUGUUGUCACUGCCAGCACUGGAGACUGUUCACAGACACGGCAACCACAACUAUUUCAAAUCUACUUUCAUGUGGUAUCAUACAGAUGUCAACCUACGUAUUAUCCCUGUUUCUGGUGAUACCCAGGCUUACUGGAAGCAUGAAAGCCUGCAGUUCUGGGCAGCAAAGUCUAUCAUAGGAUCCAAGAGGGAUUUUUUCCAAGACACCAACAUUGCACCAGUUCUCAAAGACUAUAUAUCUGACAUUUAUCAUCAUUUCAGUAUUUGCCAUCAUUGUAACAAUGCCUGCCUGUCUAACACAUUGGGUUUCAAGGUGAUCACUUUCAAGAACCCUUACCUGGGAAACACCUGCGUGCCCUUCCAGCACUGGGCAUGCUCUCUAGAAUGUGCAAAAGCUGUCGAGGUCCCUGCUCGACUGGAACAGAUCUCAGCAGCCAGAGAGCUGGACCAGCAAUACGAAAACUACAUUAGAGAGUGCAUUAAAAAAUUUGCUAACUGCCGAAACUCACGCAGCAUGCUGUCUUGUGCUUCUUCUGCAAAAUCGCCAGAUUACUGGGGAGUAAAAUGGGGAGAUAAUUUGGAC